AUGGCAGAGGGAGACUUCUACACGCUGGGGAGCCGACAGAGGUUUCCCCGGGAUCCGUUUGGAGAGUCUCCGUUCCGGGAGCAGUCUCCAUUCCGGGAGCAGCUCGCCUCCCGGUUCAUGGAGGAUGACUUCGGGAUCCCCCCGUUCCCCGAGGACCUGGGGAUGGACUGGCCGGGCUGGGCUCGACCGGGCCGGCUCGGCACCCGCCUGAGCUCGUCGCCCUUCAGCUCCACGUUACGCUCCGGUUUCCCCGUGCGUCAUUCCAGCGGAGGCCCCGCGGUCUACACGAGCCGGUACGGAGAGGCCUCCCCGCGGAGCUCCCCCACCGGCACGGGCACGGCCGGUGGGGGGGCCGGCAGCCCCGGGGGGGAGCCGUGGAAAGUGUGCGUAAACGUGCACAGCUUCAAACCAGAGGAAUUAAACGUGAAAACGAGGGAUGGGUUCGUGGAAGUGUCAGGGAAACAUGAAGAGAAGCAGGAAGAAGGAGGAAUAGUGACAAAGAAUUUCACAAAGAAGAUACAGAUCCCGGGAGACGUGGACCCUCAGGCGGUCUUCGCCUCUCUGUCCCCCGAGGGCGUCCUCAUCAUCGAAGCCAGACAGACGCCGCCCUAUCACCUCUUCUGUGGGGAGGGCCCCCAGGGCGGCGACACGCUGGAGGAGGAGGUCCCCAGGCCUCAGGAGGCCACCGUGGUCUGAGCCCCAACGUUUUGACUGACACGACGGAUCCACUUGCACAAUCGGUUUCAAGUUUGAUAUGAAAUUUGUGGCCUUCAGCUUCAUGUUGUUACAAACCUGGAUGUAAAAUGUGCAAAAUGUACUUUACGUGGAUAAAGUAAAGUUCGAUUGUUCGUGUUAAAGCUGCAAGAGUUCAAUGUAGAAAACAUUUUAUCAAAGAAGAGCCUCAUCUUCUAGCUAAUGGAGAAGAAACCCAAAAUGAAACUUUAGAGCUGCAGCUAAAACAAUCAUUUUCAUUAUUGAUUAAUCUGCUGUUUUUUUUCCCCAGUUAAUGGUUUUAUGCAUAAAAUCAAAAUAGAAAAGUAUCUAAGGUUCAAACCUUUAAUUCUGUUCGACAAGCAGAUUAAAACCCAAAGACUUUUAUUUUACUUUGAUACACGAUUAAAACAAAUAUUCAUCAAAUAGAAAUUCAUGACAUUUCUUUUAAUCUGCUUACAGCAGCACUAUGCAACUUCUUUCCACCUGAAAACAGCAGCUUCAGAAUUAGUUUAAUUGUUCAUUGACUUCCUCGUUGUCUCUGUGUAACUCUGGUGAGUGGGUUCGAUCUCCUGUGAGAGGAACUCACUGAGUCACAGCUUCAGAAUCAGCUCCAGCAGGUUGAAGAGUGAAGCUGAACUAUUAAAACAACCGGAGUUUAUCUCCAAUAUUCAGCAGGAAACCUUUUAAAAUAUGAAGAAUUCUAAACAGAGUUUGAUGAAUUUAUAACAGCCGCACCAGGAAGCAGAGGAUCAUGGGUAGUAUCCAUCGUUCAGUUGUGUUUCAGUUCAGUUCAGUGGGACGACAAAGUCAACACAUUGAUGGACUCAGUGUUUUCUCUACAUGAAAACCACUGAAUUGAUCGGACACAGAGCCCCACAGAGUUAAUGCCCAUGUGUGGCUGUAGAGGGCGCUGCUGCUCAGUAAAAGAUGCAUAGUGUUGCUUUAAGUUGAAACUUCUUGCUGGAAGGUCAGGGUUCUGCCAUUCGUCACGAAACGAUGACAAACGACCCAAUGUGUUUUUUGUUUUAGGUUUAAGAACAAAUGUCCAAAGUUGUAAUUUUUCUUAUGAGAACAGUCUCUUUUCUAAAGAAUCUGUCUCGGGGGGGCAAGAAAAAACCUCCACGUUCAAUGUACGUGGACUGGUUUGUGAUCAUCUAAUCCACGGAAAAUGUACUUACAGGGAGUCCAGCAGGAUUGAACCACAGGGGGCGCUGUUGCUCAGUAAAAGAUGCUCAGUGUUGCUUUAAAAUCAGAUUAUUUUAAAUUCUGUUUCCCUGAACAGUACUCGAUAACUUUAGCUCCUUUGUUCUGUUUUAUUCCCACGACUUCCUCUGUCACGAGACGAUCACAGACCAGCUGGGUUGGUGAACAUGAUUCUCAGCAUUAACGUCACGUUUCAUGUUUUCUCUGGAGACUGAAGAUCCAAAUAUCAAAUGUUUCUUUUAUUUACUCCGAUCACGGUUUCACCCUUUAGUCACUUCCACUGAUGAGGAGUUCUGUGGCUUGAGGAGCAGAAGGUGACCUGUGUGCGUUGAUACUGUUUUCUCCCAAAGUGUAUUGUAAAUAUACUUUAAUAUGUACCGAUUCAUUAUAGAUAUCAAACCACUGUGGCAGGUGUUUUUUUGCAAUAUGUUUGGAUUUUUCUUUUUUUCUUUUUCUAUGUGAGAAUUCAGAGAGAUGGUUGCAUGGUUGUCGGAGCGGACGUGUUUUGCCAAAGAGACGUUUUUAUUCUUCCUGCCUUCUUUUAUCAUCUGUUGAUGUCUUUGUAUUGGCUGAUGAAAUAAAAAAUGAACAGCCAGCGUC